AUGAUCCCGCAGCUUCCUUACGACGUUUUGGAGGAGAUCGUCGUUGAGGUGGCCUCGCACAACGCCUUCAGCUUGACACAGUAUGAGAAUGCCGACCUCGCUCGCCUCGCACUCAUCAACCGCGACUUUCUUGAGGCUAGCAGGAGGCUGCUCUAUAAGACCAUCCUCUUGGGCUGUAUGAGGCAACAGCACGAAUCGCUGACUUUCGAGCUCGGCGGUGUGACGGCGACUGCACAACUGGUCGCUACGAACACUCACCUUGGCCAUUACGUCCGCUGCCUUCUGUACAGGCCUUGCGACUAUGUGCAUUCUGCCUGGGAAGAGUCACAGUCUUCGACGCUCUGGCAAGCACUCCUCCAGGCUUGUGACUGCAUCAAUUCCCUUGUGAUUUGGGGAUUGUUCAACUUCAACCUUCUCUUCGGACAGCCAAAUUUGCAGCAGCUCAACCUGACCUACAUCGAUGGCGUCUUGUCGGAUGGCAUCCUUGAUUUGUUGGCUGAGCAGCGGCACUGUCCCGCAGUCUACCUUCGUCUCGAAGCCCCGUACAGGUGGUCCAUGCCUUCGUUGCCGCGUCCUAAGCCAUCCCAGCCAUUGCGUAAGGUCACGUUUCGCGACAACGCUGCGUCCCUCGAACGUGGUUGCGACCUGACAGCUGCAGAAUUCCAGGCGGUCACCGAAACGUCGUCCGGCAGCCUCCAGUCUCUGAGAAUGACCUUCGAUCCGAGUGUUGCCUGGGAUUUCUCGAGCUUUCAGCAGCUGGAAUACGUGCACCUUAAUGAACACAGUGGCGAAAACUGCUUCUUUGCUCAGUGGAACGGGCGCGAAGCGGUGCAACUCUCGCUGCGCAGCAUGCCGCCCACGCUCACCACCUUGUCGCUUACCUGGGACGGCACCGUGUACGAGCCUCACGUGCUUGAGGAUAUCGAGUUCGUCCGCAAUUUGCCGACCUCGCUCCUGCGUCUCGACUUCUUCGGCUUCGUCGCGCCUCGACACCUGCAAGGUUUUCUGACGGACCCGAAACACCCGAACCUCACCAUUCUCGCGUUUGGGCUGCCUGAGAACUGUCAGGAGGUGGAGGUCGAGCUUGCGGAAUGGUGCGUUGCUGGAGGAUACCGCUUCGAAAGGAUUUAG